UCUCCGCUGCUCCGCCAGAGUUGCUGAUCAGUGUCCGGGAUACCUGAUGGAUGGAUGGACGAUCGAUGGACUGAUCAAUCAAAACCAGCCGCGCGGACUCUCAGUCUGGAGACGCACAGACAGACACGCGCUCAGUAUUGAUUAUUGAUUAAUGAUUUGCUGCUGAUAGUGUGAGUGUGUGUGUGAGCGGAGUUCAGCGCUUCAAACCUACGGGACUCUACUUUCUGCAUCCAUCACCUCCUCCUCCGGGAUGAAGACUCCUCUCAGCCCCUCUCAGCUCCUGGAGAGGGGGCAGAUCUUUGCCUUUGGAGGAGUGUGUCAAGAGCUGAUGGACCCCCCAACACCUACAAGCACCAGUCUGUCUGUCCAGCAGACUCCGUCCACAGGUCAGGGCGGAGCCUACUCGCUGUGUGACGUGUGUAAUCUGCAGCUGACCUCUGCUGCUCAGGCCCAGAUACACUACAAUGGCAGGUCUCACCUCCGAAGAGUGAGACAGCUUCAGGCUGGAGAGACAGGACAACAAGCAGCAGCAGGGACUCAGUCUAGGUCCCUUCCCCAGGUCACAGGGCUCAGCUCCCAGCCUGCAGGACUAACUCCAACCCCAGGCCUCAGUACGGGCCUCAGCGCUUCAUCCAGCACGACUGCAGGAAGUGGGUGUGGUGCAGUGGGCGGGGCGUUGCCAGGACUGAUAGGUGCCACUGGUCCCUCGGUGAUGAUGAAACCAUUCCUGCCAUUUUCUGUCGAGACGACGUCACCAGUUGGACUUUUCCCAAACUUCAACACGAUGGACCCGGUGCAGAAGGCCGUCAUCAACCACACUUUUGGCGUCACCUUGGUGCCCAAGAAGAAGCAGGUCAUCUCUUGUAACGUCUGCCAGUUGAGGUUCAACUCUGACUCUCAGGCAGAAGCUCACUACAGAGGCAGUCGUCACGCCAAGAAGCUCAAGUCUCAGGAGAACAAGACCAAGGCAAAACUGUCAAUCGCUGGAGAGACCAAUGGGAGCAGCACCAGUCCUGUUUGCCCCGCUCCUCCUGUCUCAGCUGACAGCAGCAACAAUCAGCACACAGAUCUCUUAUCGAGCCUCGCCGACUCCUUUCCUCUCAGACCUUUCCUCCUCCCCUCCUCCUCCCCUCACUCCUCUGCCUCCCCCUCCUCCAGCAGACCAGGCAGCGAGCCUCCUCCCUCCAGUCCUCCCACCGCUCUCCCCGCCCCAGGCCUCUUUUCCUCUUCCUCCUCCUCUCCCCAUUCCUCAAAAGCCUCUCCGCCUCCCCCUCCAGCUCCUGUCACCUCCUCUUCACCUCCUGCUCCUCCUCCACCUUCCCAGGCCUCCUCCCAGGCCUCCUCCCAGGAUGCGUCUCUCUCAAUGGAGUCGGAGGAGGAGAAGGCGAAGAAGCUGCUGUACUGCUCUCUGUGUAAAGUCGCCGUUAACUCUCUGUCUCAGCUGGAGGCUCAUAACGCAGGUUCAAAGCACAAGACGAUGCUGGAGGCUCGGAGUGGCGCCGGGCCGAUCAAGGCCUACCCUCGAGCCGGAGCCAAGCUGAAGAACGGCAACAGCUCCGCACUGAAGGGCUCCGGCCUGCAGAACAAAACCUUCCACUGCCAGAUCUGUGACGUCCACGUCAACUCUGAGAUCCAACUCAAACAGCACAUCUCCAGCAGGAGGCACAAGGACCGAGUGGCAGGAAAACCCAGCAAACCCAAAUACAGCCCGUAUAACAAACAGCAGCGCAGCUCACUCACUAAGGAGUUAGUGAAGCCUUCCCUCUCACCCUCCUUCCUCUCCACUCCCUUCGCUCCUCCACCCUCGUCCCUCACCUCCACCAUCUCGCUCCCGACCGCCCCCCUCUCCUCCUCCCCCCUCCUCACUCCCACGUCCUCGCCCCUCACCCCCACCAUCUCUCUCCAUCCUCGCCCUCCCCCUUCCUCGUCCCUCUUCACUGCCUCCUUCCUGCGUCCGGCUCCUGGACCAAUCAGAGCAAGCCAAGGAUCGAUACUCUUUGCUCCCUAUUGAUGGCGGGGUUGAGGGUGGGGAGUUGAAUCGGCGACCUUUGACCUCUGACCUUCAGUUUGUUGAAGUAACAGAAGAGACAUCAGCUCUGCCAUCGUGGCUGCGGGGAUUCAAACCUGCGACCUUCUCACCUGACUGAAGGAGACUUGAGAGGACUGAACCUUCUUAUUGUUUUAACUAAACCAGACGUGAAGCUGAACACAACAGAGGCUGGAAAGUCCUCACACAUCCUGGAAAACCUGGAAAGUCCUGAAAAUGACAGAACUGUCCUGAAAUUUCUAGAAAGCAAUAAGUGGUCCUGGAGGAAAUAUAUCAGUGUGCAGCUUUUUCUGCCGUCCUCAUUUGUUAUUUAAAUGUUCCAGAUUCAAAACAUCCAACUGGAAGAAGAAGAAAAAACAUUCAACUUGUGCAUGAAACAUAGAGAAUAAUUAUAUUUUUCUUUCUUUGACCUUUUUACCAAAACAAGAACCCCGAAGUACCUCGUCCCUCAUGACAAGUGAGUCUUUGUGACAGCGUGAACCCACUGAGAAAUACAGCAGGAGUUUGUUUUAAUGUGCUUUGCUUUGACAUUUUAAAAAAGAACUAGGAUUCAUAAGGAACAGCAAUAACUCAAUGCUACCUGAGACCGAGACACAAAAGUGGUCAAGAACGUCUGGACUUGGUUCAGGUCUGUUUAGGACGGGUCUUUGGAGUUUGGACGGGGUUGUUUCUGUUUAAAAAAAUCUCCUCUGAACACAGAAGCUCUUCUUCCUCCUGCUGGAGGAGCUAACCAGCACAAACCUGAUGUCAAACGUCCUCCAUCAUGAAUGAAUACUACACGAAUGAGAGAUGUCUUCAUAUCAUAUCAACUCUGGACCGUAAUGCCACAGAUGUCCCCUUCAGACGUUCUUGCGUUCCUGAUUGACUUGCUCCUAACAUACAGCAUCUAGAGCAGACAAACUUUGAAGGGGAGAAAGAGAAAUUAAAGGAUAAGGCAGGCCAAGGUCUCUCAAUACUUUCUGACCUCCCUGUCCUCUCUAUUUCUCUCAGCCCAAAACCCUCCAGUGAAGACGUAAAUCCUUAAAACCAUAGUGCUGGGCGGUACGACCAAAAAUUUGUAUCACGUUAUUUUGUAAGAUUCUGGCAGUUUCAAGGUAUAUCUUCACAAAUGAACACCACUUUUAUGAUUCUGUCUAUCUCGCCAUCCACUUCUGAAAUUUUCCACCUGCUUUCUUUUAAUUUUUCAGUUAUAUUUUAUGUCGUCCCCCUACACUCUGGUCCUCAUGGUGUUUUCUUACAUUGCCAAGCAGGUGUGUAAUUCUAGUGGACACUUAAGGCCUUUGCACACUGAGUCACUUUUUUCAAAUGCGUUUUUUUAAUCUGUCAUCUGAAAGAACUUGCUUUUUUUUUUAAGAUUUUUUUUUGGGCAUUUUUUGCCUUUAAUGGAUAGGACAGUUAAGUGUGAAAGGGGGAGAGAGAGGGGGGAUGACAUGCAGCAAAGGGCCACAGGCUGGACUCAAACCCGGGCCACUGCGGCGACAGCUUUGUACAUGGGGCGCCUGCUCUACCACUAAGGCACCGACACCCCAGUCUGAAAGAGCUUGUUAUGCACAGUGAGCUGUUUGAGUUAUGAAAUGAUUCUGUGGGCCCCGUUCCUCUGUCUUGUUGCGGCUGUGUCCUGCCGCCACAUUUUCUUCACUGAUUCUUGGUCAAACGUCUCUAAAGGCUCUGACGGAUGUAAAUAACGCCGAAAAAUCGAACCUGUUCUGAAAAUUUUCAUGAUGGACGAACGUUUCAGACUCAGUGUGCAAACGUGAUUGACACAACGUGAACUUAUAUUUAUCUUUAGAUGUGCGACAAUUUCGGACGACAAAAGUGGACUCAGUGUGCAAAGGCCUUUAAUCCCUUUCGUUGUAAUUUAUUUUUAGGUUUUUUUGCCCUAAAAACACAUUAGUAGUUGAGACUAAAAUAGUAAAACCAGUUCUCAUUCCAAGGUCGUCAUUUACAAACACUCUGUCACACCCCCAAGGUGUCUCAUACCGACAUACGAGCGUCUGUAUGUGACGCACAGCUAUUUCCUGGGUGAAACACAAUAUGACACAUGGUUCCAGUUGUCAAACGGUUGAGGCUGGGUUCAGGAAAUCACUUGGAAGCCACUUGGUUAGGUUUACAAAAAGACAUCAUGUUUUGAUUUAAAAUAAGUAUGUAACGUGACCUAAGUCUGUCAUGUAUCUAUGUAAGUUACGUAACGCUAUGUUAAAACAAUGCUGACUUUUGGUUUCAAGCGGGACACAAAACGGCUGUGUCUUGGGUUAAAGUGUUUGUUUGACACAUCCACCACCUCCCCUCGCUCCCACCCUUGCAGACUUUCUUUCUUUAUACCUAGAUGCUUUGAGCGUCAGAUAUUUCCAUGGAUUGGUUCACACUGAAGUUAGUUAACAGCCUGUUGCGUCCCUGCCUUCAGUGUCGGUAUCACCCACCAAAGCACAUGACAAAGUGUCGAUAUAUGAUGAUCUAGGAAUGAAAACAGGCUGAAAAUAAUGACAUCAGCUUUUAAAAUCUAAAAUGUGUAAUAUGUGUGUCAUUGGUGAUGUGUAACCCCUUCCAGAAUCUCCAAAAUGUUACCACCACCUGUCCUCGUGGUGGCUACAGCCCUGCCAAGGUGGAAUAAACCAGAAUUAUCCUUUAAAAAGCACCAAGCAAUACGCCUUAACAGAAGUCACAUUUGGAUCGUUAAUUCAGGACAGUCUGUUGCUCGUUCUGGCCUCCAGCUGACUCAGCUUGCUGUAUGUUUGGAACCAGAGUCUGAACUGAAGUACAUGAACGCCUCCUCCUUAUAUCUGAUGUCCUCAUGUCUGCCUCUUCCUGCUGUCGUCUCCACUGCCUGUGUGUUAAAGACUCACUCUGCAGUCUGGACCAGGCUACUUCCUGGUUUUACAGUGAAAAAGGCCUUUCGUCCUGACUGUUAGCCUGAUGUGAACAAUCAGUCUGUCAGUUUCAGUCUUCACCUUCCUGUUGUCGCUGAAUCUGACCAGAACUUUCUGGGGUUUAAGGCAUCCGAACUACAAAACUUUUAGCACAAAGAGUCAGAGGAACUCUUUAAAACUUUGAACACAUCACUGGAACUUUUCAGAACCUGUAACAGCAAAGGAACAUUCUCCUUAAAUAAGCUUAUUCACUCGCAAUGACGAACAAGGAAACAUAAACACUUCUCUGGUUGCUUUUUCUGUGCUCCGAUAAGUUGUUUUACAGUGUAUGUUGUAAAUAAGUACCCAAAGCUUUGUCAUGACUUUUAAACAACCACAUGAUCUGUCCGUCCAGCCAACACUUAGAGACAUUACAUGCUUUAGACUGGCCCCAUUAUUUCUCCUCUAGCGCCACCCUCAGGAUAAACAGAACAGUUAAAUAAUUAAGAUGUGUGACAAAAUAAUCUCAACUCAAAAACAGCUUUACUCUCAGUUUUUGACUGUUGUUGUGUGUAUUCUGUCGCUUUACACCCCACCUCUCCCAGUCUCUGUUUCCCACACUGUAUACAGUGUAUAAAUAUAUAUUUUUUAAACUGUGACAGGAGCUUGUUAUUAUCUUGGACCAGGUUAAACUCCUAUAAUAACAGAGUGACUGUCGACAUCUGAGAGCAGGGAAAGAAGUCAGUGGGUGAGUAAACACACGCAGCCCGAGGGUUUGAAUCUGAGGUUUUCUCAAAGAAAAAAAUGUCACCUUUAAGUGGCUCUAAGUGUGUCACUACUCUGCCAGCUUUCAUGGCUCCACUGACUCCUGUAAUAUUGAGACAAAAUGGCAGCUCCUGCCCUGAGAUGCCGUGACAUUAAUCAUUUCUGAAUGACUGACAUCCCUGCUGUCUGACAGAGUCACAAGUCAUUGUGCUGCACUGGUAGGUCCAUAACCACACUGUGGGAAACUGCAGGAGCAGGUGUUUGAACCAAAACAUUAUGAAGGAUAGAUAUUUUUUUACGUUCAGAAACAAAUAAAACAGCAUUGAGUCAUCAAAAAUAAUGAAAAAUAGAGACCACAGUGGGCAGAAUUGGAUAAUACUGUGGAUAAUGAAUGGUUUUAUUUGAUAUUUUGUCUGUAUUGAUUUGUUCGGAUAGACUCUUCAGCAUGACCUAACUACUCAAGUUCAGAUUCAGUUUGCAGGAAACGGCAGCACUUAAAAAAUGUGGUAUUGUUAUGAGUAGCGAGUCUGUGCUGCCAGUUAUCUUGAUGACUCAAGUACAUUAACUCACGCUGCAUUUUAACAGUAAUAACAGUGAUGUUUGUGAGUUUGUCUCUCAAAUAUCAACAAUUGAAUUUCCAAUAUUUAUUUUGAAUAUGUAGCCCAAUUUAGCGUUUUCUUUUUUGAUAAGUACGUACGGCAUUGAAGAAAUCUACAAUGACAUUUUUGACUACUGGAGAUUCCUUUUUAUGCCUUCACACCGGCAAUAGCCUUGGCUGGAGGCAUUAUAUUUUCAGCUUGUCUGUCCAUUCAUAUGUGCUUACGUCCUAUUCUCGUGAACACAGUAUCUCAAGAACCCCUGGAGAAUUUUUUUUUCUUUCAAAUUUGGCACAACUUUGCUGUUGGACUAAAGUAUGAACUGGUUAGAUGUUGGUGGUCAUAGGACAAAGGUCAAAGUCACUGUGACCUCAUCUGUUUCAUUUUUGUGAAUGAAUGCCUUGAGGGAAUUAAUGCAAAUUUGGCACAAACAUCCACUUGAUCUCAACAAUGAGCUGAUUAGAAUUUGGUGAUCGCAGGUCAAAGUCAAGGUCAAGGUAUUACUGCUACUAAUAAGUGUUAAAAGCGCUUGCCAUUUUCUUUGUCCUGAACCAGACUUGUGAGCUAGCUCCAUUCGCUAAGGAAGAUUAUAAGAUUUUGCUGAAAGCUAAGGGGAAAAAAACCACACUUAUUUGUGGAUUUUUGAGUUGAGAUUAUUUUGGAACAAAAACUGAUCUUCCCUGCUCAACAUCAGUAUAUUAUUUGUCUGUCCAUCACACUGGUAUUUUGGGUGUAGUGAACACUGUGGCCUCUAGGGUGCACUAGCAUUUCAUUUGUAUUUUUAGACUUCAGUGUGGUAAAAUUAAUAUGAUCAGGUGGUUGUUUGACAGUCGUGAAAGAGCUUCACAGAACCAGGUGAAACCAUAGAAAACACUGAAGAAACAUGUUAAAGACGUGGAGCAAAAGAUGAUAUAACUGGACAGUUUAUCCUCUUUGAUUGAGCCACUCAGCUCAACUGAGGGAGAGUUGCUUGUUUCGCUCUGAGAUCAGUUAAUUAAAGGGCAUCUAAGGUACUUCCUGUUGUUGGGUUGAAUAACAUUGUGUGUAUUAAGGGUUAUCAUGUCCACCUCAUCAGAAACUGGGGAGGUAUUAAGAGGAAUAUUGGGUUGCUCCAUAACGCUAACUUUUUAGCGCAUUAGCUAACGUUAGCUUCGACAGCAAAACAAACUGGUGGAAACCGUUCAAGUGUCGUCCUCCUUUGUAAGAUUGGCAUAAUAAUCAACCACAAAGCUUCCUGUGACAUCAUCCAUCCGCUGAGUGAGAGCGUACGGGUUGGCCAGUCUGGUCCUGUUGGUUCCAGAGAGUGAGUGACCUGACACGGUACGUUGGUAAAUUCAGUCUGACGCUCUACACUAAAAUGAGAACCUUGUUGGUCGAAGAAACGGAGCGUUAUAUUUCUGCAUGGUUUCACGAAUGGUUGAGUUAAUCACACACUUGGAAUGAGUAUUUCUGAAUGCGCCACUCCUACAUUGUCUAAAACAAGCUAACAGAACUUGCUAGCUAGCGCUGGCUAAUGUCUGUGGAGAAUUGUUUCGCCUCCAGCUAAGCCCCGCCCACCAAAAAACUUCAUACUGUCUUCCUUUUUAACAGUCAAGGAACACCAGCCUUUAAGGACUGGACUGGAAUAAUCUGAAAUAUCAAUAAUACAAACAGAAAGAAACACUGGCGGUUGUUUUCUAUGGUUUCAAAUGGUGGGUGUUUUCCUGUCUGUCUUCCUGCCUCCUCCUGAAGAACUUGAAGCACCUCAGUCUUCCAAUAAUGAACAAACAGGUUUAAGGACAUUGUGUGUGUGUGUGUGUGUGUGUGUGUGUGUGUGUGUGUGUGUGUGUGUUUAUCUAUGCAGUAUUUUGGUCUUACAGUGCAGCAGCUCUUAUCGAACUCAUCAACAUGUUAACCUGUAAAAAAGAAGACAACGUGUCAAAUCAAAUGUUGAUGAUGCUGAUUUAACCUCCGCAACCAAGCUCUGAACUCUUCAACUGAACUUCCUCCUCUGUCCAAUGAUGUCAUCAUGAUGCAAUAAUGUAUAGAUCAGCUGCUGCUUUCCUAUUCGCUUUGCUUCCUUAUCAGCAAUACUGAGACCUGAGAGUCUUGAUACUGGUCCAGAGUCUUGAUACUAAGGCCUGAGAGUCUUUAUACUGGUCCAGAGUUAUGAUACUGAGGCCUGAGAGGUCUGAGAGUCUUGAUACUGGUCCAGAGUUAUGACACUGGUCCAAGUCUAGAUCCUUGGGCAGAAUCUUGACACUGGUCUGAGUCUUGAUACUGAGGCCUGAUAGUCAUCAAACUGGUCCAGAGUUUUGAUACUGGGGCAGAGUCUUGAAGGUCUGAGAGUCUUGACAUUGCUCCGAGCCAUGUACUGGGGCCUGAGAGUCUUGACACUGGUCCAGGUCUUAAUACUGGUACUGAGUCUGGAUUCUAGUCAGUGUCUUGAUACUGGGGCCUGAAAGUUGUGGUACUGGUUCAGGUCUGGUUACAGGGUCCGAGGUGCAAUACUGGAAUAAAACAAACAGGGAUUCACAGUUUGAACUGAAGAGUUAUUUCUAGUCGACAUGUGAAACUUUUAAUUUCUGUUUGAUCAGUUGAAAAUGUCUUUGCUGAAAACUCAAGGUUGUGUGUGUGUGUGUGUGUGUGUGUGUGUGUGUGUGUGUGUGUGUGUGUGAGUGCGUGUGUGAGUGAAUGCGUGUAUUCCCUCC